AUGGUUGAAGUACAGGGUCAGAUAUUCGAAGCUUACAAUAUGGCAGCUUUGUGGAAAUUGCCUUGUAUUUUCAUCUGUGAGAAUAACUGCUAUGGGAUGGCAACAUCUGUGGAGAGAGCAGCAGCCAGCACUGAUUACUACAAGAGAGGUGACUUUAUUCCUGGGCUGAGGGUAGAUGGAAUGGAUAUCCUGUGUGUCCGGGAGGCCACAAAAUUUGCAGCUGCCUAUUGUAGAUCUGGAAAGGGGCCUAUACUGAUGGAGCUGCAGACUUACCGUUACCAUGGACACAGCAUGAGUGAUCCUGGAGUGAGUUACCGGACCCGAGAAGAGAUUCAGGAAGUUAGAAGUAAGAGUGACCCUAUCAUGCUCCUCAAGGACAGGAUGGUGAACAGCAAUCUCGCCAGUGUUGAAGAAUUAAAGGAAAUUGAUAUGGAAGUGAGAAAAGAAAUUGAGAAUGCUGCUCAGUUCGCUACUGCUGAUCCGGAACCGCCUUUGGAAGAGCUCGGCUAUCACAUCUACUGCAACGACCCACCUUUUGAAGUCCGGGGUGCAAACCAGUGGAUCAAGUUUAAGUCCAUCAGUUAAGGCGAGAUACACACACCUUCAGGGAGUUCUUUGGCGGCAAGUGUAAGGAAUGCUUUGUGUUCUCAACUUUGUCAAGGAGGAAAACCCAUAGAGAGAAGGCGUGUAGAUUGGGAUAGUGUUUGCAUGUGGUUUGUACGGUGUUGCAUUAAAAGAGGUGAUCGCACACAUAAGGUUAUUUUAGUUCUAUAGGCCUAAAAUAGGUCAUAGUUUGCUUAACCCUCCAAAUUAUUUCUUUAAAAUAGUUCUAUUUGAUUUAGUUGUAUACUAGUUUUAACACAUACUUUAGUUACUAAGGGCUUCCCUUGCGGUUCAGCUGGUAAAGAAUCUGCCUGCAAUGUAGGAGACCCCGGUUCGAUUCCUGGGUCGGGAAGAUCCCCUGGAGAAAGGAAAGGCUACGCACUCCAGUAUUCUUGGG